AUGACCUCCGCCAACAGUACCUCGUUUAUCAACACACCAGUAAACUCAGAAGCUCCUAGAUUCAGAUCGAGAUCGCCAGUAGUAAUGAAUCGCCUUACGCAAACCUACCCUCUUUUAGACCACGCUAUCAAAGGUGAAGAAAACUACCAAGAGACAUGGAAUUCACACCAACAACAACUUUUCCAUGAGAUCAAUGCCCUCGCUGAAGCCCAUGUCGACUCGGAAACAACUAUUGAGGAACUCUGGAAGUCCCUUACAGACUCUUCCCACAAAGCCCAGGAAUACGAAGCCCGAUACGGCGAAUUACUGAGCCAGAAUCACGAUCUUAUAGAAGCGCACGCCCUUGAGAGAAAAGAAAAAGAUACCAUAAUCAGCGCACUCAGUACUCGACCACCUAAUGGAGGGUUACAAGCUACUUUACGAUCGCCAUUCCACCCAGACCCACUCGAAUUCUCAGGAGAGGACCCAAAGGAACUCCCCUCAUUCCUUCGGAAGCUCCAGUUGAAACUCAGAAUGAAUAACGACUGGUGGACCUCGGAACAACAACGAAUGGGCUAUGUUAUUAGCCUACUCUCCUCAAAAGCAUAUAACCAGGUCGCACACGGUAUCAACGAUGAUGGUACAAUCUUACACCCGCAUGUGAAAGCUAUCACCGACAUCCUUACAAUAACAUUCGGAGACCUCAACGCCAAAGCAAGCGCAGCAAAAUGUGAGGGUACAGACGUGGAGGAAGCGAUGUGGCCCGUGCCUUUGGAACUGUAA